AAGAAAAGGAAAGAGUGAAGGAGAAAAUUGAGUUUUAAUGGUGAAAAUUUUGAAAGGCGGGAUCCUGGUAGGGAAAAGAGCUGGCCCCUCUACUCCUCCUCCCUCUUGGAGACUCGACUUCUCUUCUCAAGAUGCCACCAUCCCCACUGGACAUUCUAUUUCGGCCAGAAUACUCUGUGCUAAUCUUUGGGAACUUCACCCUCAUUACCCACUUCCCAGUACGCGCAAAGGAGCUGCCAAGCUUCGCCUACACCAUUUUAAAGACGAGAGUUUUGUUUCUUCUGUUGAACCUCCUCACACCCCCCUCGAUCAGCCAGCAAGUGCAAGUAGUUCAAGGAGGCAUAUUGCGGCAUCGGUAAAGCAACACCGUCGAUCAGUUGAAAGAAAUGGCCGUGCUCUACAGUCUGUAUCUCCAGCUAGUUGUGGAAGCUCACUGGAGACAGCACAUUAUAAACCUGAGAUCGCACCUUAUACUUCUUUGGAUGUCAAGGGAAGGUCCGACAGAUCAGGUUAUAGCCUUAAGACAUCAACGGAGUUGCUCAAGGUACUCAAUCGAAUCUGGGCUCUUGAAGAACAGCAUGUAUCAAACAUGUCAUUGGUAAAUGCUCUGAAAAUGGAGCUGGACCAUUCUCGGGGCCGGAUCAAAGAGUUGUUGCGGGAAAAGCAAGCAGAAAGGCAAGAAAUUGACAAUUUGAUGAAGCAAGUUGCGGAGCAUAAACUUGUUAGGAAGAACAAAGAGCAAGAUAGAAUCAAAGCUGCCGUUCAGCCAGUGAGAGAUGAGCUGGAAAAGGAGAGGAGGUUAAGAAAGCGCUCGGAAAGCCUGCACCGAAAGCUAGCUCGGGAACUCUCGGAGGUGAGAUCGUCUUUUGCUAACGCUUUGAAAGAACUUGAAAGGGAGAGAAAAGCACGAAUUCUGUUGGAGAACUUGUGCGAUGAGUUUGCUAGGGGAAUAAGAGAUUACGAACAGGAGGUGCGGUUCCUUAAGCACAGGCAUGAGAUUGAUCACGUUGAUGGAGAAAACGCUGAGCGGCUGAUUCUCCAUAUUUCAGAGGCAUGGCUUGAUGAGCGGAUGCAGAUGAAGCUAGCUGAAGGAAAAACUGAUAUUGCAGAAAAGAAUUCGGUUGUCGACAAGUUAAGCCUCGAUAUAGAAACUUUUCUUGAAGCCAGGCGGUCCACUGGGUCAAGGAAAAGUGAUCUUAAAGUGAAUUGCUCGCAUCGACACUCUUUAGAGUCCUUCCCAUUAAAUGAGGCUGCAAGUGCUCCUCAAGGUGCAGUCGAUGAACUAUAUUCCAGUGAUAACGAAUCGCAGUGUUAUGAACCGAAAAAAACUGCCAACAAAGCCCAAAGCAGUAAAUCUCAGGAUGCCAUCAAGGGCAAUAAAUCUGGCAGUUUCCGAGGCCAGUUCGAUGAACAAAUGUCUGCCGUAGAGCCUAUCCACAAUAAUAAAGUGAAACAGAAAGAAAGCCAUGGACUGAGCUCGAGUAAUGUGCUUGAUAGCUUAAUCAGAAAGCAUUCUUUGUCAUCCGAAGGUGACAAAGCUCAUCCUGAGUGUAGCUUGAGGGAAGAAUCAUGUGUUAAAUCUGUACUAAAAGGCCGACCUAAUCCAGUUCGGCAAAGGGUCUUGAAGUUGACCUCUCCUGAUUUCGAAAAAACAGACGCAUGUCUGAAUUUGCCUACAGGUUGUAAGGAGUUUACCCUGAAAGCAAAACUACUAGAAGCAAGACUAGAAGGCCGGCAAUCUAGAGCAAAAGACGCAAAGGGCUCGACCUAAGUUUCAAGCAAGAUGUGGUCGUCGGAGAUGAAGACCGAGGAUUUUGGUCCUAGUUUAAUGUACUCCCAACUUUCUUUUUUGGCCUGUAAUCAUGGAAAUAGAUA